AUGGCCGAGCCCAUUCCCCAGGAGCAAGCCGCUUCCCCGAAGAAGGUUCUGUUCCUCAAUGCCUUCGACCUAUUCGCUCCCAGUCACUUAUCAUUCGGCCAAUGGCGCAACCCCAAGGACAAGAGCUCCACAAAGGCACACGAUCUGACCUACUGGACGACCCUUGCCCAAAUCCUGGAGCGUGGGGGAUAUCACUGCCUUGUUCUUAGCGGAUGGCCAAUUUCUGCAAUGGCCGCCGUGACAAAGAAUCUGGCUUUCGCGAUAACGGGCUCAACCUCUUACGAGACGCCGUAUGCGUUCGCCAGGCGGUUCUCUACUUUGGAUCAUUUAACAAAAGGUCGUAUCGGGUGGAAUAUUGUUACCUCGUACAAUGAAACAGGUGCUCGGGCGGUUGGCAAAGAGAUAGUCGAGCACGACCGUCGCUAUGAAAUCGCAGAUGAAUUUCUCCGGGCUGUGUACAAAUUGUGGGAGGGCUCUUGGGCAGACGAUGCGCUGGUGAAGGAUGCAGAAAAAGAUACCUUCGCCGAUUACGACCGCAUUCGAUUCAUCCAUCAUCGAUCGGAAAAUUUCAAAUUCGAUGGACCUCACGCGCUUAGCCCAUCUCCUCAGCGAACUCCCUUCUUGUUUCAAGCGGGAACCUCCGGAGCUGGCAUCGGCUUCGCCUCAGUCCAUGCAGAAGGAGUGUUCGUAGCUGCGCGGUCGCCACAUAUCCUCGCCCCCAGCGUAAAAGAGAUACGCCGUCAGGCUGCGCUCGCUGGCCGAGACCCUCGGUCCAUCAAGGUCGUCGCCUCCAUAACGCCAAUUAUAGGGCGAACGUCCGAGGAAGCUCAAGCAAAGUAUCAAGAAGCCCAGAAAUACGCCAGCGUGGAAUCCGGUUUGGCUUUCUUCUCAAAUACGUCAGGUAUCGACAUCAGCCAGUAUGACUUGGACAGAGAACUUGUAGCCUCUGACGCUACUAUUGAUCAUCGAGUUCACUCGUUGGCAGCGGCUCUCGACUAUCGCGGCGACGAUAUUUCUCGACCAACACCAAGGACUAUCGGGAGAUUUAUCGCUAUUGGUGGAUCUGGCGCUACUCCUGUUGGCACAGCGGAAGAAGUUGCGGAUAUUCUUGAGGAAUGGGCUGAUAUUGCCGAUUUAGAUGGGUUCAACAUCGGCUAUGUUACGACCCCAGGAACUUUCGAGGAUGUGGUUGAUCUUUUGGUUCCGGAACUACGAAAGAGAGGUCGCUAUGCGCCUAAAGGAGAAUCCACUGGAACGUUGAGAGAACGCGUAUACGGGAAUGGACAGGCGAAGCUACGAGAUGACCAUAUUGGCCAUUCGUACAGGUAUGAUAACUCGGAGAUUUAUGCCGAGCAAGAUAAACUGCCAAAGAAGUAG